CUCCACCAGCACAACUCGCCGCCGCCGCCCCAUCUCCAUCUCCAUCCUCGAGCACCAUUCCAAGAAUAGCAGCCGCAUCCGGCGAGCUUAACCGGCGACAGCAACCCAUGGCCCUCCGCGCGCUCGACAACACGAUGCCCGCCGCCGUCGAGGAGCGGCCCAAGAAGGUCGCUAAGGUGGCCGCCCCCGCCGCGGCCGCCGCCGUCAAGGACGCCUCCCCCGGGAGCGGCAAGAAGAAGAAGAAGAACGACGAGAACUCGGCGCCCAGGGCCACGGCCGCGGCGGGCGAGCAGGCCGUGGAGUACAUCCCGUCGGAGGAGCUGGAGGCGGCGGCGCACCCAAAGGCCAAGGCCGCGGGGCUGGUCGCGGAGCUGGACUCCAAGGACUGGAUCCGGGCGUGCGAGGCGCUCAACGACGCGCGCCGCCUCGCGAUCCACCACUCCGCGCUCCUGAACCCGAUCCUGGGGAAGGUGAUGCUGGCGAUCGUGAAGACGAUGAAGAACCCGCGCAGCGCGGUGCUCAAGACAUCCAUCAUGGCCUGCACCGACAUCUUCAACUCCUUCGGCAACCUCCUCUCCUCCGUCUCCGACGACGCCUUCGACAAGCUGCUGCUCCAGCUCCUGCUGAAGGCGUCCCAGGACAAGCGGUUCGUGUGCGAGGAGGCCGAGAAGGCGAUGCGCGCGAUGGCGGCGUCGAUGCCUCCGCUGCCCCUGCUGAAGAAGCUCAAGGCGUACGUCCACCACGGCAACCUCAGGGUCAGGGCCAAGGCCGCCGUCGCCAUCUCCCACUGCGCCGCCAGGAUGGAUAUCGAGGCGAUGAAGGAGUUCGGGAUGUCGGCGCUCCUCCAGGUGGCGGCGGAGCUGCUGAACGACCGGCUGCCGGAGGCCAGGGAGGCCGCCCGCAGCGUGGUGGGGUCGAUGCACGGCGCCUUCGCCAAGGAGGCCGCAGCGAAGGGGAAGGAGGAGGAGGACGCACCCUCCGUGGCCGCCUCCUGGGAGAGCCUCUGCUCGCUCAGCCUGCCGCCCAUCUCCGCGCAGGCCGUCGCCAAGAUCGCCGCCCCGCAGUAUGUUCACUUCACUGGGCUCAUCCAGCAAGCCUCGAUUGCUUCAAGGAAUCGGGAUCCUCCUCCUCUUAUCCAACAUAUCCGGGCCCCCGUCUGCGUCACGGAGCUUUCGGCCACUUCUACUACUUGCACGGGGGCCGCUGCCAGGCCCUGUUGGACGCGGGGAUCCAUGGACGGAGGCCAGAAGGUUGAGCAGCUGCACGGCGAUGUCGCCGAGGAGGAUCCUGGCCGCCGGCAGCGUUCUAUGGUGGAUGAAGCCGACGGCGACGAGAAGGCGCCUCGCCGGAGCAAGCGGGUUGCUUCCCUCGACGUGUUCCGCGGCCUCACCGUCGCUCUGAUGAUACUGGUGGACGGCGCCGGUGGCGAGUGGCCGGUCAUCGGGCACGCGCCAUGGAACGGCUGCAACCUCGCCGACUUCGUCAUGCCCUUCUUCCUCUUCAUCGUCGGCAUGGCCAUUCCCCUCUCCCUCAAGAGAAUUCCUGACCGUGGUCGAGCUGUGAGGAGAGUAGUUAUCAGGACACUGAAGCUGCUCUUUUGGGGGAUCCUGUUGCAAGGCGGUUACUCUCAUGCUCCGGAUAAACUGACAUAUGGAGUUGACAUAAAGCACGUAAGAUGGGGUGGUAUUCUCCAGAGGAUUGCUCUUGCAUACUUGGUAGUUGCAGUUCUAGAGAUUGUUACAAAAGAUGCAAAGAUUCAGGAUCGGUCAAGUUCGGGCUUCUCUAUCUUCAGAAUGUACUUUUCCCAAUGGAUUGUUGCAUGCUGCAUUCUAGUGAUCUACCUGUCCCUUAUUUAUGGGAUUUAUGUUCCUGACUGGGAAUUCAGAGUGCAAAAUGCUGACAGCCCAGACUAUGGCAAAGUUUUAACGGUGACGUGUGGUACAAGGGGGAAAUUAAAUCCCCCUUGCAAUUCUGUGGGUUACAUUGACCGCAAAAUCCUUGGCAUCAAUCACAUGUACCAGAAACCAGCAUGGAGAAGGCACUGGGCCUGUACUGAUAAUUCCCCACAUGAGGGACCUUUUAAGAACGACGCCCCGGCAUGGUGUGCUGCGCCAUUCGAACCUGAAGGGAUACUAAGCUCAUUUUCUGCGGUGCUGAGUACGAUCAUCGGCGUGCACUAUGGGCAUGUGCUUGUCCAUAUGAAGAGUCAUACAGACAGGCUGAGGCAGUGGGUUACAAUGGGCAUAGCUCUUCUUGUUCUUGGGAUCAUUCUACAUUUUUCACAUGCAAUUCAGCUUAACAAGCAGCUCUACACAUUCAGUUACAUCUGCGUCACCGCCGGCGCUGCUGGAAUCGUGUUCUCCUUACUCUACUUCCUGGUCGACAUCCUGAACCUGCGCUACGCCUUCGCACCCCUGCAAUGGAUCGGCAUGAACGCGAUGCUGGUGUAUGUGAUGGCCGCGGAGGGCAUCUUCGAGGGGUUCCUCAACGGGUGGUACUACGAGGGCACCAACAACACGCUGGUUUACUGGGUGAGGAAGCACGUGUUCGUGAAGGUGUGGCACUCCACCAGGGUCGGCAUCCUCCUCUACGUCCUCUUCGCGCAGAUCCUCUUCUGGGCUCUCGUCUCCGGCGUCCUCCACCGCGCUGGCCUCUACUGGAAGCUCUAGCGAGGAUCAAACAGUUUUACUGUACAGACAUUGUGCUUCCAUUUGUUCAGAAUUUUGCGAAUCAGAUAUGAAUUGCAGCUCGCAGGUCCUGAAUUUGACACUA